AUGGCUUCGAAUAGGAUUAUGAACAUUGUAGUGGACCGUAAUCAGGUGUUCACCCCUUGGUUCCUACGAAUGGUCAUCGUAUGGGCAUUCAAGAGCAGUAUCUUUGCCAGCAUAAAAGAAAGGUUAGCCCAGGGUCUGAUCAACAGAACGUCUGGGAAGCGUGUUCGACUCUACAUUGAGUACAAAAUAAGGAUCAGAGUCAAAGCAAGCCGUGACAUCAUCACUGAGCCAGUUCUCAAGGGAAAAUAUUUAAGAAUCAAGUUCUCAAUGUAUACCACGCCGGAUGGGACAAUGUGUUCUAAGAAGGACCUUCCAAAGAAAGGGAGGGUUGUCACCAAGAUACGCCUGGAAAUGAACAUUCGUGGUGCCGACUCGAACGUUGCUGGAACUCCAUCUCAAAAUAUGCGUACGCCGUGGAACCAAAGUUUUUUUAAACGAAACUAUACCUUCCCUCACACUAAGCAUCCCCUCCAACCGGACUGGCCGCCCCUUUGUCCCCCCGACAACAAGAGGACAACCGGCAAUCAGAAAAACGCUAAUACCACCGCCAUCGAUAACCGAAAGACCAAAACCGCCCCUGCCAAUCAGUCAAAUACCGAUUCUACCACCGCCGGGCAACUAACGAUCUGGAAAGGGGUUCAUCCAGGAGGAGGGAAGGUAGUGGAGGUCAUAGUUCCUUAG